CCAGAUACAUCUUCCUGAACAAAUUCCGCAAGUUUCUUCAGGAAAAUGCUAGCAAUAGAGGGAACUUGACUGUGUUGUGCCCACCAGAGUACAUGGUAUGCUUCCUGCACCGACUCAUUGCUGCCCUGCGCUUCUUCUGGGAUGGCCACAAGGUGAAGGCACCUGCUGCACUGAGCAGUGAAGAGGCAUAUGUCCCUCCCCAACUCUUCUAUAAUGGGAAGGUGGAUUAUUUUGACCUUCAGCGACUUGGAGGUCUUCUGUCUCAUCUCAAGAAGACUCUGAAAGAUGACCUGGCUGCAAAAGCCAAUGUCCUGAUUGACCCUGCAGAGCUGCAGGCAGUGACAAUGGAUGAUCUUGAUGAAGAUGAGGAAUCGGCAACAUCAGCAGCACAGUCUCAGCGUCCCUCUGCCACCCUGGCCAUUGGUGGAGCUCUUGCCAGACCUGGCUGGCUCAGCUCUCCCACCCUGGGCCGUGCCAACCGUUUCCUCAGCACAGCGGCCGUCAGCCUGAUGAACCCACGGCGACCUCUUGGUACCCUUGAGAAGGUCAAAGUACGCACUCUAAGUGUGGAACAGCGUACAGAGGAAGACAUUGAAGGCAGCAAUGGAAAUGAGGGUCUCUUACUGGGGAGACCUCCAGAGGAGCCAGACCAGCCCAUCACAGAGAACUCCCUCCUGGAAGUCCUGGAUGGGAUAGUGAUGAUGUACAACCUCAGUGUCCACCAGCAGCUUGGGAAGAUGGUCGGUGUGUCAGAUGAUGUGAAUGAGUAUGCUAUGGCACUGAAAGACACAGAGGAAAAAAUCAGCCGCUGCCCAAAGAGAAGGAGAGACAUCCAUGAGGAGCUGCUGAAGAGCCAGAAGGUCUUCUCUGAGAAACUCAAUCACCUAAGCCGACGCCUUGCCUGGAUAAAUGUCACCAUCUAUUCAAAGGAGAAGAUGCAGGAUAUCUACUGGCUGCUGAGAGUGUGCAUCCGCACCAUUGAGCAUGGUGACAGGACAGGCUCGCUUUUUGCUUUCAUGCCAGAGUUCUACCUCAGCGUGGCUAUGAACAGCUACAGUGCACUCAAGAACUACUUCAGUCCUGUCAAUAGCAUGGAGGAACUUCCAGGCUAUGAAGAAACCCUGAUGCGCCUCGCUGCCAUCCUGGCCAAACACUUUGCUGACUCAAGGAUUGUGGGCACAGACAUCCGGGACUCCCUGAUGCAGGCGCUGGCCAGCUAUGUCUGCUACCCCCACUCGCUGCGUGCUGUAGAGAGGAUCCCAGAAGAGCAGCGGAUCUCCAUGAUGAAGAACCUCCUGGCUCCCUACGAGCAGCGGCCCUGGGCGCAGACCAACUGGAUCCUCGUCAGGCUGUGGAGGGGCUGUGGCUUUGGAUACAGAUACACGCGGCUCCCACACUUGCUGAAAACCAAGCCUGAGGAUGCCAGCCUCCCCAGCCUGCAGAAGCCGUGUCCCUCCACCCUGCUGCAGAGGCACAUGGCAGACCUGCUCCACAGCGACUGUGAUUUGGCCCCCAGCUUCCUGAACAGCGUCCUCAACCAACUGAACUGGGCUUUCUCCGAGUUCAUUGGCAUGAUUCAGGAGAUCCAGCAGGCUGCAGAGCGCCUGGAAAGGAACUUUGUGGACAGCCGCCAGCUGAAGGUGUGUGCCACGUGCUUUGAUCUGUCGGUCAGCCUGCUCCGGGUGCUGGAGAUGACUGUCACUUUAGCCCCCGAGAUCUUCCUGGACUGGAAUCGCCCAUCGUCGGAGCUGCUGCUUCGGAGGCUCGCCCAGCUCUUGAACCAGGUGCUGAACCGUGUGACAGCUGAAAGGAAUUUGUUUGACAGAGUGGUCAACCUCCGUCUACCAGGACUGGAGAGCGUGGACCAUUACCCGAUCCUUGUAGCUGUGACAGGAAUACUGGUCCGGCUGCUGGUGGACACUGAUGCUCAGGGGUGACCAGAGGCUCCCCCAGCCCUAGCUCAGCCCUCAACACUGCGUGUCACACCAGUCCCACACAGAUCGUGGAGGUCCUGUAGCCCCCAGCCCAGCCGCCCUGCUAUGAAGACAAGGAGACACACAGCCCAGCAUGAGCUUAAAAAAAUAGGCAUUUUUUAUUCAAAUGUAACUGGAGAGUGAUGGCCCGAGAGGGGAGAGCAUUACUCACAUUUAUCGACAGGCUCAUUAGAUUACUGCCUCAAUAGCUGUGCUCGAGCAGCGCACGUCCAUCUCAAGGAGAAGCAGCGAGCACAGGCAAUGCAGGAGACCUCAGCGUCCUUGGUGGCACAGGGAGCUGCAGGCAGCGCUGCGUCAGUCACCUCCUGGUGCCCGACAUCACUAUGUACAGCUUUGGGGGUGUUCAGAGGCAAAAACAUGCGAUGUUUGCUUGGCUGGGUGCUCUGAGUCCCCUCUUUGUCAUGCGGUCUCCCAGUGGACGUGUGGGGCCACAGGACCGUGCUCCCUCCACUCCAAGUGGCUGGGGACAGUGGCAUGGCCAUCCCUGAGAGCCCCCGAGGACAGCACUGGGGGGAUUGGGUUGGGAGCACUGGGCUGGAUCUUGCACACCCAUGGCCACAGCCAUCACUGCUGCCUGGACAAAACAGGGAUUGCAGGCGUGCUGAGUCCAUCAGUGUUGCCCUUGUGUCAGCGGCUGAAGCGGUGCAGGUGGUGCUGAACCCCCCCCCUCCCUCCCACCCCCCACCAGUCAGGCUGAGCGCUGGGGCUCGGUGAUGCUCUGAGCAGGAGAGCAGCUCAGCCCCACUACGACACGAUGGGGGUGUCUGAAAAGACGGAGCUGAUGGACUCGGUGUCCGAGCGCAGCUGCAGCACCUUAGGGUGCCUGCCGUCGGGGAGGCCCUCAGCGGGCACCUGGCGCUCCUUGCCAUCCAGCACCUCGCGGGCAGGCUCCAGGAAGGCCACGUGCU